UCACCGAGCCAUUGACACUUCCGCAAGCCGAGACACGACUUGCAUAUAGUCAUGGCUUGUCGCGGCGGGGCGCCAUCCUCCGCGGCACAGCGUAUCCCUUCCCCCACCAAGCUUUUCGAGCUUGCAGACGAACCCGACCAUGGACAGUAACGCCAACCCCUACACUCGUCCUUGGAUAUACGACCGUGCGUUAGGGGCUCUGCUUUUAGGGGCUGAUUUUCAGUGCAUCGCGUAUGGGUGUCUAUUGGGCAUGGCGUACACGUACUACAAGCGGUCCACGCAAGAUCCCAAGUGGCUUAGGUUCGCUAUUCUGCUUGCAUGGCUGCUCUGUACGCUGUGCUGUGUGAUAAUCCUCCACGGGAUAUACUGGUUCACCAUCACAAACUACGGCAACACUUCGGCGAUACAACGUAGCCCUUGGAGCGUCUCCCUUCUGACGACCAUGAUGUCCGCUGUUAUGACGAUAGUCCGAUUAGUCUUUUUAACCCGCGUGUACAAACUCUACAGAGCCAAGCCUGUCCUCUCGCCAGCUAUAGUGCUACUUAUAGUGCUCGUGGCUCUCCUUUCACUCGCCGAUUUAGGCGGUGCGAUCGCUAUCACAGUAACAUUCUUUCAAAGCAUCAAACUCCUAGGUCUCACUAGCAUAGAGAACCUCUUCACGGCCAUGUUUAGCGUCGGAAUCGCCGCAGACGUCAUCCUGACGGCGAUGCUUUGCGCAACUCUACAUCGGUCGCGAUCCGGGUUACAAAGGACGGACUCCGUCAUCAACCUUUUGAUCAUGUACACGAUCAGAACCGGAGCCAUUCCGUGUGGAUGCGCAAUUGCGACCCUCAUUGCCUUCGUCUGCAGCCCUGAGAGCAUGAUAUACGCGCCGUUCUACGUGCAGACUGCGAACUUGUACCUUGUCUCACUACUCGCCACUCUCAACUACCGCAAGACCAUCCAGACGCGGAUACAACAGCCGAUCAGCCUUGAUUUCGGCGCGUUCGAUCGAUGCACAACGUUGAGCGGAGAAGCGCAAGCAAGCUAUUUGGACGGGCGAUCCAUCGAUGGGUGUAGCUCACCGACAACCGUCCAUAGCCGAGUAUCUUUGCCCAAGUCGCUGCGCAUACUUCGGAUACAUAGCCGCAAGCACUCAACAGCAUCGGCGCACGAGGUAGACCUGAAGACAGACGAGAAGGACCAUAGGGAGCUAUCGGAGGUCAUCCUAGGCAGCGUGAUCAACCUCAGGCUCCCUGAUAUGUCUGCUUCACCUUGACGUUUGGUUCAUGUUGUACAGAGCGGGGAUUCAGAUAUUGCCCUAUUUCUGUUGCCGAGGCGACUUUCUGCGAUAGUGCUGAAAAAUAAAGCAAAAAUGUAUUCAUAGCUUUAUAAGUUACCAAGAAUGCCAGGCGCUGUCCAUGGAAACUGCACAACGCAGCAGUGUGCUUGUACGGUCUUUGUCAAGCGGAGUCUGGUUGUUCACUCGUGUCCUUCGGUCCGGGUAAGAUGGUCAAGGACGGGGGCAAGCCGCCGAGCGCCGCUUCCCUGAAGAACUCCCAAGCUUGCGGGCCGUACGCCCAGUAGAACGCACCGAACGCAGCACCGCCUAGAUGCGCCCAGUGAUUGAAUCUC